AUGUGUCGGCAAAUGUUGGCAAGCAUCGGCGGUGGAUCCUUUGACCUCGUCGUCGGCUCGGACAUUGUCUUUGCCACGCGCCUUGUUCAGCCCUUGAUCUUGACUAUCCUGGCACUUCUGCAGGGAUCCUCGAAUGCAGCAUGUUGGCUCUGCGUCCAGAGGCGUGAUCCAGAUGCGCAUGCCUUGCUGUUGGUGGAGGCUGCCAAGCACUUCAAUGUCAACGAGCUCUCUUUUGCAGGUUGCGAUGGUUUAGAAGCGGCCUGCGAGCUUGAGUGUAUCCUGCUGUGCUUCACGCUCUCGAACGACCGGGAGCGCCUGGUUGACAACAUGCCAACGCAGUCUGAACGAGAGCGAAGAGGCGCCGACGAACCGAUACAGAACGAUGGCACAGGAAGCGUGGCAAGCGUGGCAAGCGUGAAGCGGGGCUCGCCUGUGAGUAAGCAGCCUCUGCGGAAGACCAGCGACGCUAGAAAACGCCGGAGACAUUCCACGCAGAAAAGGUCAAACAACCUUUACUCGGGGCAGAGGAGGGUCGGUCAGUGGACAUUUUAUUCCCUAUGGUAA